ACGACUUAACGAAGCUUUUUAGUAUGACAUCAACCCACCCUAAUGGUAGAUAUUUGUCAUUGUCUUUUUCUUCGGAUCUUCUACUCUAGGAAACACAGUCGAAGAAGUUUAGAAGCUGAAGCUGAAAUGGGUUCACUCGCAAAGCAGUACAUGUUACAGCUUCGCCAUCACCCUUUGAGAACCAAGGCAAUUACAGCUGCGGUUUUGUCAGCAAUCAGCGACAGUGUUUCUCAGAAGCUCUCUGGGAUAGAGAAACUUCAAGUGAGGAGGCUUCUUCUCAAAGUGCUAUUUGGAUUUGCAUAUCUUGGACCAUUUGGACAUUUCUUUCAUAUCAUUCUGGAUAAGAUUUUCAAGGGGAAGAAAGAUUCAAAAACUGUUGCUCAGAAGGUGGUUGUUGAACAGUUGACUUCAUCUCCUUGGAACAACUUGCUUUUCAUGAUUUAUUACGGGGUGAUUGUCGAGGGAAGACCCUGGUUGCAUGUGAAAAGCAGAAUCAAGAAGGAAUAUCCUAAAGUGCAAAUUACAGCAUGGACGGGGAAUAUUUCUGAAUCUACGAGCAAGAUCCUUGACCAUGGCAUUGUCCAAAGGGAAAUGAACCAGAGAAGAACUUAUUUCGUUCGCUCACCAAGUCAAUGCUCGAUGUUUGGUUAUUCUUUUUAGAAACUUAAAACAAAACAAACCACCAUAAACGAUAAGUUUAUGUACUAAAUUAGUUAUUUUAAAAUUUUAAAUUUAUACUAAAAAUAAUUUAAUAUGUUUA